AUGGAAGAUGACAACAACAUGUCUCUUGAGCUUGACUAUUCCCCAAUUAUCUCAGACAUGACUCUAAAGCCAUCAAACAGUCUUCCAAAGAACACUUAUUUUAGCCAUUACCCGGUUGAAGCAAACUUUUCAAAGGAGUCACCAUUGUCCAAGGCAGAAUUCAAUCAACAAACAUCUCCGUCCACCAAACUGCUUCCACCAAUUUCCCUGAAAGCCCUAUUGUCUUACAAUCAGAAAAUGGAACAGCAUUGUAAUGAAUCACACCAAUCAGCAGGGGAUGAACCAGCCUCAUCUCAUGAUGACACAUCAGACAUUUGGGAAUUGGAAGAUGAAGUGGUUGAUGCCUAUGACUUAGGCAAUAAUGAUAGUGAUGAUGAUGAAUCCAAUCUUGCUGGUCAACAAGUGGGGCAACCUGGAAACCACAAUCCGCCUCCAAAUUUGUUGCCAAAAUAUCUGAAAAACAGACUCUCAAGAGAGAACGCAAACCGGGAACACCUACCAGAAGACCCACCAAAAGAUGUCAUAGUCCAUAUGAUGAUGAUGCAACUACAAGAAAAACAUGGAUUAUCCUUUGCGGCUGUUGAUGACAUUUACAACUGGGCAAACAAGGCAUGUAAGAUCCACCCAGACAUCUUUCGUGGUCCCCCACCAAGCCGUGAACGUAUGAUCAUGGAGUAUCGGAACCAAUUGGGAAUGGAUGAUGGGUUUGAAUUCAAAGAGGAGGUUAUCAAUUGGCUGCCCGACAACAAACCAGUAGUGCAACAUGUGCGACCUUUUAUAGACUGUGUCUAUGAACUUCUCACAAACAAAGUCGUCCUUGGCCCAAAUAGCUGCAAUAUCAACCUUCCCCAUGAGUCAGAUCCCUUCAAGAACAAGCCCUCCAUGCCACCCAAGGAAGUUUCGGAGCUUCAUUAUGGUUCUUGGUGGCGAAAAACAAUGAAGAUGAAGCGCAAGGGUUGUGGAAAAGAAAGCCGUAGAAUCACUUGUCCCAGUAUUCUUGAAACGGACGAAACCCAUACAGACACCAAUGGGCGUUUGACUGUCACAACCGUCAACAUUAAGCUUGGUCUUUACAACAACAAUACAAGAAAGAAAGAAGAAGCUUCUACCACUUGGUUUUAUCUUCCCAAUGAUGAAUCAGAGGCCGCCCACCACGAGCAGAAGACUGAAACUUUUCACAAAAUUCAAAACCUGCACUCGGCCCUCCGUAAUGGAAUGACUGACCUGAAGUACUUGAUGGAUAAUGACAUUGGGUUUGAGUGGGAUCUAUUUUAUGGAGGCAAAUCCCAUACAGUUGAGCUGGUGUUUUUCCAUAGCUUUCAUCAUAUCUGA